UUUGCUGUUGUCUCAGCGUGGGGAUUAAUUAUUCCUGUCUGCCAGUCCGAAAAGCUCAGGAUAAGUGAGCUGGGGGGAGCGGGACCCCAUUUCCCAUGUCUGGUGGGGGAGAGCAAUGCUCUGGGAACCCCCAGAUCCUGGUAUAUCCUACAGCAUCUGGGUGGGGACAGGCUGCACCCCACCCUGAGGAAGGGGUGACGGCUGGCAUGGGAUUCCUGGGGGUCACAGCAGUCACCCCCCUCUGCUCUGGGCUUUUAGGGGGGGAGCUCUGGAGGUGGCUCAGCUCCUACACCUGCGGGCUGGUGUGCAUUGCCUGCAUCCUGGAUGGCACCGCUGGCAUCCUCUGGAUGUGGGAGGAAGGCCCUUCUGUGGCUGUCAUACUGCCUGAGAUCACCCUGAGCUACCUCACUGUGGUGACCUUCCUGGGUGCCACCACUGUGAUUUUCCAGCCUGCAGAUUUCAGCCAUCUGAAGAGCAAAAAGGCGCAGCGCACCAUGGGCUACUCCGCGCCGGGGGCCGUGGUGGCCGUGGUGCUGAGCAGCACCUUCCUCAUCAAGAGCAUCCACCACCGCCACGAAGAAGGAUGCACGGAGUUCCUGAACGUGACCGUCCUGGUGGGCAGCGCAGCGGCCGUCUCGGCCCUCCCGCUCCUCGCCAUCGGCCUCUGCUAUUUGUCUUUUGCACAUCGCACGACUCAGGGCUGGAGCAAGGACUGUGAUGUCUCUUGGAUGGACAAAGCCGGGUCCUUCGAAAUGUCUCAGCCAGGCACCAAGGACACCAUUCCCUGCUGAGAUCCACGUGCGUGUCUCUCACUUGGCUAAGCCAGCCCAAGCCUUCCCCCAGGUUUAGUGGCUUCAGGUCUGAGUUUUGGUUCCUCUGU